AUGGAACAUACCCGUACGGCAAGCUGCAAAAGGCCUCAAUUUCAUUACCAGCGCUUAUUUGUGACAGGCUGGCUACGGUACUCUCAUUUCAAACGACCGGGUGGAAUCAUUACCUACUGCUGCUACCGGUACUCCGUUGGCAGCUCGCCAGGGGAGGAGGGGCUAGGAGCUCACACUGUCGAUCGGUUGGGCUGGGCUAUUGGUGUGGGCUGGGGUCUUCCCCUGCAACUGCGACGCGACUGUCUGUCUCCGGGUUUCCUGUCCCAGCUUCGUCCACGCCGCAUCACGCAUCACUCAACUUUCUUCUUUCGCGGCCGGGCCAGAUAUUGGGAGGACCCACCAUCAGCCACUUGGGCUCCACGAUCCCACCCUCCUCGAGCAACGCGAGCGGGGAAACUUUGGAGCUACGGAAGCGCAGAGGAUGAGGUACCCGUCAAUCCGUAUCCUCCAGUCAGUGUUGGACCAUGCCACAGCUUCCCAGAGGAUUUCGUUCAGUCGUCGAGGCCUCGGGACAGGCAUUCGCCUCCAACAAGAAUUUACCUUUACCAGGAUGUCGGCAAGAAAGAGAGGGACACUACAGUGACUACACAGCAGACGCGGUUCAAUCCGUGUCUUUCGUACCGCAUCCAGUGCGAGGUCCAGAGUGACUCGGAGUCACGAAACCUGCAUCCGGCCGCUCGGAGAUAG